UUUGUUUUUUCAACUCGAAAAUCUGAAUUUUGACCAAAAAAAAAAACAACUCGAAUAUUCAAAGUACUAUUCAAACCUUAUAUAUGCCAACUAGUGUUUUGUUCCCCCUUCCAUGGAGCAAGAAACACUAGUCUGAAAAUAUACUAGAAGUCUACACGUGUGCCAUUACCCCAAGGGUAAAGAGAUAUUGGGCACUUUGUCGCCCCCAAAAUAUAUCUUCCCUUCCAGGAUCCAUUUUUAUCCACGCUUGUAAAAUACUUUAUAUAAAGGGAUCCCAGGCGCUCACACAAAAAAUGGCAAAUUGACAUGUUUCUACCUACAAUUCAGCAUUUCCCCCCCAUAAUUCCAGAUGAUUGCAGCUGCAAGGGGGACGUACACCUGAAGCAAUUGCCGCUUCCCCUGAAUAAAAGGUGCAUUGUGUACAAUUUGCAAGAGGAGCUGCGACAGAAGUGGCACCAAGAACAACCAUGUGGAAAUGCAAUGAGUAGCUUUGGACUCAAGUAUCCAACAAAUGGAGUAUUUUCAAGAAUAACGGACGACUUUACGGCAACAGUGGUUGCGCUAGGCACUACAUGUGAUCUGUAUUGCUACAUAUGAAUCACUCUUUUCCCCGUACUGGCUUAUGCCCAGAUGUGUCCUAGAAAACAGAGGCUAGAGAGGGAGAGACAAUGGUGGCUGUCUUUUGAGACAAUGGAUGGGCAAAGGGCAAGAAGGGGACACAGAGGACAAGAAAGCAUGUGUGCUCAUCCUGCUAGGACUGUUAAAGGGAUACUGUCAUUGGAAAACAAGUUUUUUUUUAAAACACACCAGUUAAUAGUGCUGCUCCAGCAGAAUUCUGCACUGAAAUCCAUUUUUCAAAAGAGCAAACAGAUUUUUUUAUUUUCAAUUUUGAAAUCUGAGUUUCCCAUGUUUUCCCAUGACAGUAUCCCUUUAUGGAAAUAAUCGACCUGCUGCAGGAAAGGAACUGUCUUCUCCAUGUGAUCUCCGGCCUCCAGCUGUCUUGCUGAAAACCGUCCGAUACUUGCUGAUGAAGGUGUGGGAUUCUGUCAGUGAGAUGGAUUUGGGUAAAUACUCCUUUGUGUUUGACCGGCUACGAGCUGUCAAGAAGGAUAUGACUGUGCAGAGGGUCUCGGGACUAUCAGGAGCUGUUGUGUUGGAGGAGAGCCUGGGGUUCUUGCUCUGUGCCCCAUAUCUUGUAAGACAUUUGAAAAGCAAUGAUGAAGUGCUACAUGCAACCCAAGAGUGGGGAAGCUUUGCUGAACUAAUGGAAUGCUACAGAGAGGAUGUAAGGAAUCGCAGAAAAGCUACAUUUCAGCCUUUCUUUAUACUGUAUGAUCUUGAUAAGGUGCUGUCCCUCUUCACUUUGCCACCUGUAUUCCCCACCAUUUAGGAUUACAAGACAUUGAGUACCAUCUCAUACGUUUUAGUACAUAUGAUGCAGACCUCAUCACAUCUUUCUUACAUGCAAUUAAUAAUUGAUAAUAAAUACUACCUGCAAUUGGUGCUAAAUUCA